CUGCUCCUUCAGACAUGGACGACCAGCAGAGUAAGGCCAUGGAGGACUCCAAGAUCAAACAAGAAGGUGCCGCUGCGGAUGCAGAAUUAGCCGAAGCCAUCCUGUCGCACCAGUUCCACCCAUCUGUCCUCGGCCCGGAGAGCUGGGAGGGAUACGUCUUUUCAGACCUGGAAAUCCGCAUCAAAGAGUCGACGGACCUCUACGGAGCCGUGCUCUGGCCUUCGGCGAUCGUGCUCUGUCACUUCUUGGAGACCAAUCGAGACGAGUACAACCUGAUGGACAAAAACGUGAUUGAGCUGGGAGCUGGAACGGGGCUCGUCACCAUCGUGGCCAGUUUGUUAGGUGCUAAGGUCACUUCUACAGACCUUCCAGAUGUGCUGGGAAACCUGCUGUACAAUGUCGCGCGAAACACAAAAGACAGAUGCAAGUAUAUUCCUGUGGUCACCGAACUGGUCUGGGGUCAGGGCGUGGAUAAACGCUUCCCUCGUGCCACGCACUGUUUCGACUACAUCCUGGCAGCUGACGUCGUGUACGCCCACCCUUACCUGCAGGAGCUGAUGGAUACCUUCGACUACCUGUGCCAGGGAAACACGCAGAUCCUCUGGGCCAUGCGUUUCCGUCUGGACCCAGAGAACAGCUUCGUGGAUCGUUUCAGGCAGCGUUUCCACGUGGAGGAGCUCUACAACCUCCCAAGUCUGAGCAUCAAACUGUACCGAGCGUGGAGGAAGGACAAGGGGAGCAAAGAUCCCAAAGACGCUGCUGAAUGAACUCCGUUUCUUUAUUAGUUUGUGUGUUUUUUUGUACGGAUAUUCAUCAACACUGGGAAAUCAUAGAGUGAUUUUAGAUACAAGUGUAUCUCUAUCAGUGUAAAUAGAUUUUUGACACAGUCCAAUGCUAAUGAUAC